GCUGCUGAGGAACCAUUUGCUGUAAACAUGAAGGAAUGGCUCACGCUGCAGGUGGAGCAGCUGACUGAAACUAAAGCUCUUGCAUUCUGGAAGAAACCAUCUGAAGGCUCACCAGCACUGAGUGUGAUGCGUUUGCACUAUCAAGCCCGGAGGAAGGUAGGGACAUCUGGCAUCUUGUGCCAAUCGGGUAGAACCAUCUCUCUGUGUCUGGUAUAUCAGAAGUUAGCCAGUGCCGUUCUGUCAAAGCUUGCAAGUUGUCGGCCUCCUUUACCAACUGGCCCUAUGCUUGCACUUUCUUCCAUUGAAGGCCAAAUGUCGGGGAAUCUGGGACAGAUCGGAGUCCUGCAUGGAAGUGAGAAGAAUUUGGUUCGGUUAGCUGAGCUCCAUGAUGCCUUCUGUCAGUGGAGAGAGUAUGUCCUGGUGCAGAGAAAAAAAAGAAUUUUGAAUAUGUUGCUGAAAGUUCUUCAGGACUUCAGGAAACUGCGACAGAUAUUUAAUAGGUGGAGAACAGCAAAACUUCAAGCGGGAAAAGCCAAACUCCAGUUGGCUGCCCAGCAUCGAUUAAAUGAGAUUAAAGAAUCCUGGCUGCGGACCCAAUGUGAACAGGAUAGACUGGAGAGAGCAGGGCGAUGGCUGCAGUGCAAAGUGGAGAAGCGGCAGGUGAAGCGGAGUUUUGUGCUGUGGGCGGCUCGCAGGAGGCAGGUGUGCAGAGUACAGCAACACUAUAGGCAGCUGCUGCUGGCACGAGUCUUUCUGGCCUGGAGCAGAUGGGCCACGGAUUGUCAGCGUUGCAGAAAGAUGGCUGACAGCCAUUUGCAGAGCUGGUUGUGUCGUGUAGUGCUGGCCCACUGGAGAGUGCGUUUGGCACAGAGAUUGGAAGCUGACAGAAGAUGCAAUGACAAAUAUGUGGAAAACAUCCGAGCGGCAGUCACCCGCUGGCUUAUGUACACCAGAAAGCGGCGAUUACUGCUGGGCCUACAGAAACACUUUGUUUCUGCUCGGGACCAGGUGACCAAGGUGGUGGUGUUGAGGACCUGGUGUGAGGAAAUGAAGAGUCGGAGGAACAGGAGAAUGAUUGCAGCUGAGAUUCUGUUGCGCAGAUCUCUCGUGUGCUGGGCUGUCUUUGUACACAGGCAGAAGGAAUGGGAGGUAAUUGCUUGCAGUGAGGUGUCUGUGCUGCAGCUGCGGUCAGCAUUUGCAAUGUGGAGGAUGCGGCUGGUGAUGAGGCAGAGGCUAGCAAUGCUGAUACAGAAACGGACUGAGAGAGUGUUGCGUGGCCUGCUGGAGUCGUGGCACAGGCGGGUGCAGUACUCACGCCAAGUGACCCGCAAAUUCCUGUCUCGUUGGCUAACGAUUGUGACGAUGCGGAAGCAAACACGUUUGUGGAAUGAUCUGGAAUAUCAGGCGGAGGAGCAAUACAGGAAUCACCUGUGUAAGCGGUGCCUUGAAACUUGGCACAGAGAGUUGCUGCUGCAACGUUUCCUGCAGAAGAAAAGCUCUGGGCUGCUGCAGGGGAUCUGGACGCAAUGGAAGAGUAUUACAGUGGUACAGUUAUUGGCACACAGAUUGUGGCAGCAGAGGCCAGAGGAGAGGGCCUGGCGGAUGUGGCGGAGGCGGUUCAUCCAAAUCCGGGUCUCGCAAGCGUUUGCAGCCCAGAACAAUAGGGUUCUAAUGUUAGACGUUUUCACUGCCUGGUGCAGAGUGGCUGUUUCAAAACACGAAAACACACGAUUACCACAAAAGGAUGAAUGAGGAUUUGGCUCCGUUCUCUCUGGUGUUAUUGAAGAUCGCUCUGCCUUUAAAGAUGGACAGAGAUCCGUCUCAGUGGACGGAGGAUAUUGUACCUCAUAUACAGUGUAUCAUUUAGAAAAUGAAGUGUAGUUACCAGAAUUGGCAAAUAGACUUUCUGAUCCUUUUUCA